GGGAGAAUCUCUUCUUGCCUUAAAGCAGACUUACCAAUAAGGAUACCAUCUCCCACCUCAAAUGGGAACACGUAUUAAGCCAAGAUCCUGCAAGGCAAAAAAACUGGUUUGUGUACAGCCACGUAGCAUUCAGCUAAUGAAUCUAAUUAUCCAUUCAGCUUGGAGAUUGUAUGAAGGAAUGAGGUGGCAGUUUCCAUUGUCUUCUACUGGACUACUUUUUGCAACAGUUGGUAGUUCAUGUGCCAUGCCUUGAUGCUGACAGACUACAAUUUCAUGCCUGAUUAUAUGAUGAAGUGUGUGGGGUCACAGGAUUAAGAAACACCUACCUAUAAACACUGACAGUUGAAUUAGAACCACUCAUCAACCCACCUGUCCACUCAUUGAGGAUUUCCCAAAUCCAGACACAAGAAGGGGCUGGGUGUUUAACGUGCCUGGAAUGCUCAUUUUAGAGUUUAUAUAUGUCAUUGCUCUGUCAUUAGAUCUUGUGGUUAAAGCAAGAAGAACCUGCUUACCAGUCCUUUUCUACAGAGCAACAGUUAAGCAUUUUCAUUUAUUUGUUUUAAGAAUCUCAAAAUCCUUUGGAAGCACACUGGGACCUCUGCUGCCUCUACAGGUUUUCUAUAAAAGGCAAUUAACUACAGCUGCCUCACCUCCAGUAUACAGACUGCUCUAGGGUUUCAGGCCACAAAACACAGAACUUCUCUCAUAAUGGUAAUGCUUCUACUCAAGGCCUUGUCUAAUGUUUCUCUGUGGAAUAUAAGCACUAUGGGGGCAGACCAGGAGCAGAUGGCAGAAAGCUGGUCAUUCCCUGGCAGGGAUCACGCUCUGAAGAUUGGAAUUAUUACAGCUCUAGGUUGUUUGAUCAUCCUGGGGAAUUCCUUUGUAUUGCUGGUCAUUGCCUCAUCAGUGUCUGGCUGGUCAAGCAACAGCCGCUACAUCCUUAUCUCAUUGACUGGAACAGAUGUUACUUUAGCUCUGGUUGUGGUGCCUCUCAACUUAUAUGGAAGUCUUGCCCUGGAACCUGGCGAAGAGGACGAUGAAGAGUCUCCUAUUAGCCGUUACUGCCACAUAGUGGCUUUUCUAAACUCAUCAGUGUUUGCCUCUUCCAUCUACUCGCUGACCACCAUAAGCCUGGAACGUUAUGUGGCAGUAUUCUUCCCUCUGCACUACAGUCGUGUUAUGAGUCGCCGACGGGUCAAAUUGUUGAUUGCUGCAGCCUGGCUGUUGCCACCCAUCUUUCUCUGCCCAAUCUCUAUCCCUGAUGGGAGAUUUAUAAGGGUCUACUUCUCCCGAGCGUCCCUUAUCUGCAACCCCGACUAUGCUAGCAAUGUUGCCUACUCUCUUCUACUCACUGCUGUCAUCUUCUUUCCUUGCUCAGCUAUUGUCACCUUUGCCAACCUGAGACUUUGGCGAGUAGCAAGGAAGCAAAGAAGGCGAAUGAGUGUGGGCUGGGCUGCAAAAAGCCAGGGCCUGUGUUUGCCCACUGUGUGUGGGAGACUGGCUCAAAAUAGAGAAUCUGGACCUAAUAAAAGCCUGAAUAGGGACAUAGGAGACAAAGGCCUACGUAAGGGAGAUGCUGCAUCUAGAGUACUUGUUCCUGUUGUCAUUGUGUUCUACACGUGCUGGGCACCCUGCAUGAUUACUAUCCUCUAUAAUGCCAUCACUCAGGAUCGUGUUCCAGAAUGGGUAGAGUUUGUGGCCCUUUGGCUUCCGUGUGGCAAUGGCUUCCUCAACUGCUUUGUCUACUUCUGGAUAAACAAGAGCUUCCGGCACAAAUUUCGACAGCUGGGACGGAAACUGUGGCCUUGGGGCUGUGCUCGUAAGAAUCACCAGAUAACACCCACCAUUAGUGCCACCAUCAACUGUAUGAAUAACAAUGUUGUUCUGCAAGAGAGGUCAUGCAGUGUGUCAUCUUCUUGCAUGUUGCUCCCGCAAGCCGGUGAGACUAUUAUAUAAAGUCAUUCUAUUCACGUGGUUUUCUUAAACCCACCAAUGCACUUUAGAACAACUACUGAGAGGACUCCGUUUGCAGAAAGCUAUGAAACCUACAUCUAGAAAGAUUUGUCGUCAACUCCUAAAAGAAGCUGCUCUUGACUUGCACUUGACUGGAAUGGCUUGUCUGAGUUUACAGAGGUAGUGUACAACAGGACUGCUGCUUUGUCCAUUCAAGAGAAAGAAUGGGCAUAGACAUUGGUCUUCUUUAUUUGUCAUAUGUUUGAAAGCUUGUAACAAGUAUAGGACUUGGUUUUUAGCCCAAACCUGAGAGAAAAGCAACUUGAAGUUUUGUAAAUGUCCCAUAUGAGCUGGAAAGUCUGUAGAAGAGGUAAGGACUUUUCUUGACUGGCACACACAUUAUACAAUUCUUUACUGACAAUGAGUAGUGCCUAUUUAAAGUGACCGGGAAACCCCAAAGUAUUGGAACAGAUCAGAAUGCACCUUGAAUAAUUGCUUCAAAGCUGCCAUUUUUUUUUAUACAAAAAGAUGUCAUUGUAAUGACAUUUAGCCCCAUAUAUUUAGUAAUAGAGGGCUGUUGACAGACCUAUGGAGGAAUAUGAAUGUUAAUGGCCAGUCAGCCAUGGAUCUUGCACACAACUGACUUAUCCUUUUCGAGUAGAAGCUGCUCCUAUAGGAAUGCCAUGUUUGGUGCCUGUAGUACAAGAGGCCAUGCCUAUUAAUAUUGUCUAGCCUUAUAUGACCUCCUAAAAGGCUUACAAGAUAAAUGUACUUUUACAUAAAAAAAUCUCUAAAAACUGUUAUAAGUCGGUGACUUCUGAAUCACUUGGAAAACAGCAAUGAAAUAUUCAAAGAAUUCAAAUCUGAUCUUUUUUUUUUUUUUACCACAAAAAGGGCUGUUUUACUGUAUGCAGGAAGGGUCAAAUCAUUCAUUGCUCCAAGCAUAAUUUCUUGCAUACAGUCUGCCCCCCCCCCCCAUGAUCAGAGAUUUAACAAGUGUUGUACAGGAAAAAAAGGAACAAAAAGAAAAGAAAAAAAUAAGCAAACAAAAAGUCACUACUUUGUGUGUUGUGUUUUGUUUUAUUUCAGUUUAAGGCUAUGUCAUUUUUAGUAUUUUCUUUCAAUGUUUCAUAUAUGGAUAUUGUAAAAAAAAAUUGAAUCCUAAUUAUUAUUGAAAAUAAAGUUUCAGGCCUUUGAUGAAAAAAAAAUAA